CGCGCGAUCAUGCUUCGUCGCUCGCUCGCGUCUUUGGCGGUCGCCGCCGGUCGCGCGAACGCCGCGCGCGCCGGAUGCGUCGCUAAUAUGCGCACGAUGCCGACGGGCUUCGCGUCUUCCGGGGAGACCCCGACGGGCGCCGAUCGCGGCCUCGCGCAUCGCCAGCUCGCGGCUGCCGCGGCGUUCAGAGGCAUGGCCACGGACGUCGCGACGACGUCGAACACCGCGAACAGCGGCGCGAUCACCGCCGCGCUGAAGACCCCCACCGCGGACAUUCAGUACGAUCUGAGCAACCACAGCGUCGACAAACCCGGAGACCCGUCCAAGCGCGCGUUCACGUACUUCGUCCUCACCGGUGGCCGCAUGGUGUACGCCUCCGCGCUGCGUCUGACGGUGUUGAAGUUCCUCCUCUCCAUGAGCGCGUCCGCGGACGUCCUCGCGCUCGCGUCGUUGGAGGUGGACACGUCUAAGAUCGAGUCGGGGCAGACGGUGACCGUGAAGUGGCGCGGGAAGCCGGUGUUCAUCCGCCGACGAACCCCGGGGGAGAUCGAGAAGGAGGUGGCGGUGGACGUCGGGAGCCUGCGGGAUCCGCAGACGGACGGCGAGCGCGCGGCGGACCCGGAGUGGCUCGUCGUCGUCGGCGUGUGCACGCACUUGGGGUGCGUGCCUAUCUCCAACGCGGGCGAUUACAACGGCUGGUUUUGCCCGUGCCACGGCUCGCACUACGACGCGAGCGGGCGGAUUCGCAAGGGGCCGGCGCCGUACAACCUCGAGGUGCCGGAGUAUAAGUUCACGGAGAGCGAUAAGAUGGUGAUCGGGUGAGAGAAGAGUGAACGUCGAGCGCGCCGGGCGCGGACCGAGUUUGGGGGCCGCGACCAAAAACUGUAUUUGCGUCUUUCUCACAUCUGUAAAAGACAAGCCUUUUAGCCUACGCACU